AUGAGCGGAAGAAGUGGGGGAGCGGAAACAGCCCGGAAGAAAGAGGAAGUACUGAAAAAAGAGGAAAAAACUGCUACAGAAAUGGACAUAUACAAGCUGUUCACCAGAGAGAGGGGAGUGCCGCUGUCGCAGAAAGUGAUACAGUACAUACAGAAAGUGCUCUCUCCUGAGACCAUGGAAGUGUACGCAGACAUCAUAAGAGCGAACUACACAGGAGGAAUACUCACAGAAAAAGAAAUAGAUGCUGCUGUGAAAAAUAGAGUAAAAGAGAGACAGAAAAUAGAAGUGCACCCAGUGCAGUACAGGCCAGAGGGGGUGGAAAGGUACAGAGUCCUUAAAGAAAGAGUGCUCGCACAGAAAACAUCGAUAGUUGCACUGAAAGAAGGAGUAAAAUGCAUGAUAUUCGGAAUGGCCAGGGUGCUAGAUGAUGGAACACUGGAGAUAGAAGACGAAGACGAGUCUGUGCGGGUGGCGAGGAUAGAAAAGGGCGAGUUUUUUAUAUCAAGAGGAGUUUGCGCUGGAUUUGAGGGAAGACUGGAGAAAGAUGGGUUUGUGGUGGAGGACAUUCACCUUCCCAGCAAAAACCACUCGCAGAGCCAAACACACCGAACAAAUUUCAUUGUAGUUUCGCAGUUUGUGGCAUCGCAGGAGAACAUUGGCAAAGUGGGCAACAUUCUAAAAGUGUACACAGAUUACGAAAUAGAAAUAUCAGCAGUUGUUCUGAUGAUGAGCGAUGCUGAGAGCACAGCGAAUGUCCAGUCAAAGCUGGAAAGCACUCUUUUGAAGGACUACAAGAGUAUUGACUUUAUCGUUAUACCGGGGAUAGGGAAGAGGUACUUUUAUCCGCACGGAGAGUGCAGAUCACAUAAGAAUCUAAAAAUAGCCACAAAUCCUGCAGAAAUAGUGAUAGAUAAGUCUGUUUUUUUAGCGGGAUUAUUUGACUUGGUCGAUGGGAUAAAGGAGGAAAGCGUGAUACAAGGGUCGUUCAGACAGGAGCUGGGAAGAGUGUUUCUGACCCAGGCAUCAUUCAAUCCUUUUAUAACGUAUACUGAUCUGUCGUACACUGGUCCCAUAACAGGAGUGAUUAUCGGCGACAGAUAUGACUGUUUCACGCAUAAAGAAGAUGACCAAGUGUUUACAAUAUGCGGUGAUUUCCAGAAAAGCGAGGGCCAGUUUCUCUUCUACAACGGGAGCGAGAAUAACUUUGAAAUAUGCUCAGCCAGUGGAAUGGCAGCAGAGUAG